AAGCGCAAGGACGAAAAGGCCUUCAGAGCUUCCCAAAGGGCGAACCUCUCCAUACAACACAUAACAUCAACAACAUCGACGGAAAACAAUAACAGCUGAAACAUGGGGACCUGUCUCACUGUAAUCAAAGUCGUCGGAACAACCUCGCUUGGUAUCUAUGCCGGUGUCAUUGCCUCAAACUUGUCGAACUACGGCAUUAUGUCUCAUGUGUUGAAGACCGCAACAGUGGCAACGUCAGAGAAGGCGACGGGGUUGGUUUUGGGCAAGAUCAAAACCACCGGUGCUCUGCUGGCGUCGCUCGGUACCAUCGCCACCGGUGCCUUCAUCAUGGCGUACACACAGGCACCAAGGGCCCUGAAGCAUCCGUAUCUCAUCUAUGCCUCUUUGGUUGCUCCGCUGACCAGUAUCAUCUACCUGGGAUUGACAAGACCUCAUCUGCAUCAGUACUGUGAGCUGAAGAAGAUGAAGAAGCAGAGACAAGCUGAAAGACCAGCCAGUAAGAAGCACAAACAAGAGGUUAUCUCUGAACUGGACAAUUCCACGUACAAAGACCUUGGCGAUGUGCUGACAACCUCAGAUGAGGAGACCCCAUCGGCUCAGACAACGUCAACUGGUGAUGAGGACUCUGAAGCUGAACAGGAAGUUGAACUCCAUUUGGCUCAAAAGUCGUUGCUGGAUACUCUUUACAGCGUACACUUGGGCGAUUACAUCAACGUUGCCAUUUCCACGUUGGGCUUUGUCGUGGCCACCGUUGGACUUUACGGCGAUUACUGAAUUCACGUAUGCCCUUAUUAUAUACUACAAUCCAGACGAAAUUAACAUUCGAAAAUACGAGAAAUCAAAA